UUCCCUCAAUUUUCUUCAUUCAAAAAUACCCAUUAUUUAAAUGCAAAACCCCCACCCCCACCCCCCUCUAACCAUUCCAAAUCACAACAAACUCAGAAACCCGCUUAACAAUUCUCUUCCUUUUCCAGAUUUAAUUUCGCCUCCAAACCCACUUUUGAUGUCUCAGUUUCUUACUUGCCUUUUUCUCUUGCUAGUAUUAUCUUGAAGCCGAGUUUGAUUGCAACUAAGCUAAAUUUCCAUGCUUUUAGCUUCUUAUUCUUUCUUCUCUUCGGCUCUUCUUAUAUCUAGUUGCUUUAACUGCAGUGAAGUAGCAUUCAUGCGAGUCUACUAUUAGUGAUCCUUUGCUGGUUAUUGGCGCAGUCAAGUACAGUUUGUUCUUCUUCUUUGGGUGGUUUAAAAAUGGAGAACAUGGGAAGUUGGGAACAAAAGAAUCUGAUAAAUGAGCUUACGAAUGGGAGAGAGCUAGCCAAACAGCUACAAAUCCAUCUCAGCGUGUCGUCUUCUUCUCAUGACGCCCGUGAAUCCUUGGUCCAAAAGAUCCUAACUUCAUACGAGAAGGCCCUUUCAUUGCUGAGGUGUAGCGGCCCAGUGGGCGAGCCACAUGCCGCCGCAGCAGGCGGAGGAGGAGCAGUUGGAAUAGGGAUGUCUGAGUCUCCACGCUCGCUCAGUGGGAGUCCUAGGAGCGAAGAUUCUGAUAAGGAUCAGGAGCACAAAGAUGGGUCUAGGAAGAGAAAGACAUUGCCAAGGUGGACAAAGCAAGUGCAGAUGUCUCUAGGGCCAGGGCCAGAAGGCCCUCUUGAUGAUGGGUUUAGUUGGAGGAAGUAUGGGCAGAAGGACAUUCUCGGAGCCAAAUAUCCAAGGAGCUAUUACAAAUGCACUCAUAGAAAUGCCCAAGGCUGUCUGGCUACAAAGCAAGUUCAAAGAUCAGACGAUGACCCAACCAUCUUUGAAAUCACCUACCGUGGAAGACACACUUGCACCCAAGUCUCCCACCAAAUUCCACCGCCGGCAGCACUGCCGGAAAACCAAGGACUGAUGGACACCAAAGAUCAUCAACAAUUCAACCUCCAACCCCAACAAAACCAGCUACAACCACAAGACAUGCUCUUGAGCUUCCAAACUGGCCUCAGAGUCGUAACAGAAGGCUUGGACACACCAAGCGACCAAGCAUUUCCCCCCUUUUGCUUCACUUCAACGUCUAAUAUGAAGGUCGAAGAACCCGGUUUCUCGCCUUCCAUGAUAGACAACAAUAUCGUUGGUAAUUUUCCUACCUCAUUUGUAUCUCCUGCAGCAUCUGGAUCAAACUAUUUCUCCAUGUCGUCUGAUGAAAUGAACAGCCUUGGAGGAAACCAAAACCUGCAGGCCCCCGAAGCCAAUCUCAAUGAGAUAAUCUCAGCUGUUGCUUCAACCACAAACCCUCAGUUUGAGCAGUUCCCGUUUGGUUCCAUGGAAUUCGAUCCGAACUUUAACUUCGACCACCCGGGAUUCUUUUAAUUCUUAUCAUCCACUUCAAUAGGAAACAAUAGAAAGCUUUAAGAUAAUAACAAUAAAGUCAUAGGCUUAGCGGCAAAUCCUAGCUUGCAAGAAUUGGAGAUAAAGAGAAGCAUAUCCAUGUAUGCAGCAGCACUAGUUGUCUGUAUUCAACUGCUGAUAGCUUAGCCUCUGGAGUUUUGUUUUAGGUACUAGAGAUCAUUUCUGUAACAUUUUUCCUCUUCAUCUGCCAAUUUUGGUCCUCUUUUUGUCUUGUAAUAGUUCUUGUAACGUGCUGUCAAUUUUCAUAUAAGAGGUUUAUUAAUCUCUUUUUUUU